CAGAGAGCACUCUGACGUUGAGGAAACCGAAACCCGCCGAGCUCACCUGUCAGGUCACCUGACUCAGGUGGACAAAAGUAACGUGCUCAGAAGCCAUUUCGAAACGUUUUCGCGACUCCGAAAUCGGAAACCGAGCGAAUAAUUCGUUCAUUUUUAUUUCCACCUUCUCUUGAGACGUUCAGGUGCCCUCGGAAAGUCCAAUUUCUUCUGCGUUGGGUACGCGCGUUAAAACUGCGAGACGCUUCCGGGUUUGAAAGUUGAAUAAAGUCACUCCUAAACGUAUUUGUUGGUGAAUGUAUCCCGGAGUCAACAUGGACAUGGAGAUGCAGAAUGUUGGGAGCAACGGAAGCGAGGCGGCGGCACGUCAGAUGGCGACCACCACAGGAAAUGGGGAGGGCCACACCCACAGGGGCCCCCAGUCAGCUGAGACAGGGAGUCUGCUGCAAGCUCAGUGUAACGGUGGCAGCGUGGAGAUGAAGUCUGAUAGACGUGUGCUCGCACUCAGGGGCCCUCAGGAUAGCACCAUCUGCAGAAUGCAAAAGGAGCUGAAAGAUGUAGUCUGCUGGAAAAUACCUCUGUGGAUGUUACUGCUCUUCCUCCUCCUCAUCAUGGUCGCCAUCGUCUUCAUCACUCUGGCCCUCUGCCCUGUUUUUCACCAGGACGUAGAUGAGAAGUUUGACCCCUCGACCUUCAACAUUUCUCGCCUCUUCAAGGGCAACUUCAGUCUCCUUGACCUGCCGUUCAGCGACGACCUCCUGGUGCCGUCGUCCAAUCAGAGCCGAGCUCUCAGCCGUGACCUGCAAGGCAAGCUGACCGUGGUCUACAGCUCCUCUCCUGCUCUGAGCCGCUACUUCUCCAAAGCCGAGGUCCACGCCUUCAGGAACGGCUCGGUGGUGGCCGAGUACCGGCUGACCUUCCUGAUGCCGGAGCAGCAGGAGGAGCAGCUGAGGAGGUUCACCUUGAGCAGGGAGAUGGUCUACAACGUUCUCAGGCAGUCCCUGCAUCAGCAGGAGGACCACGGCACCUACAUCGACCCGCUCUCCCUCACCUUGGUCUGAGGCCUAGGGGGUUCUUCCCCAUCUUCUAUGAGACACUUCAAUAGGUACACCUGCACAGGAGAGAUCCACCAAUAUCAUUAUCGACCUUGAUAUCUGGCAUUUUGACGUGUUCUUACCACAACUACAUCAGCUGAUAUCAUCAACUUUCUUUUUUAUCCGUAAUGUUUUGUGUACAAU